AUGGGAGUGAGUCAAGGCGCAGCUGCUGUCGCACAGCUGCUGUCGUUCCUGGAGGAACACGCGCUGCUGCUGGUGCUGGGAGAAAGGGAGCUCUCUCUCCCCCUGCCCAACCUCCUGCCCUCCCCCUCCGGCAUCACCGCCUUCAAUACAAGCACAUCCGCUGCCACUGGUGCUGGGUCCGGUGGUGCUGCUGGUGGUGGUGAUGGUGGCAAUAGUGGCUCUUCCAGUGCGUCUCUCUCGUCUCUCGCCUUCCCCUCGGCCCACCUUCUUGAAGCAGCCAUGACCGCUCGCACUGCCACUGCAUCACAGUCAGCAGCAGCAGGCAAGCUGGCAUCGGUACAGUCAGCGUCAGCGGCACAGCUGGCAGCGGCGGCAGGGGGUGGGAGGGGUGGGGGUGUAAGCGCUGUGGGUGGAGGAGGGGAGGCGGUGUCGGCAGCUGUAAUGGCAACGUUGCCUGCUGGGCUGCGGCAGCAGCUAGUGUCUGCUAUCACAUCCGUCUUCAUACAGACAGCAGCCGGUGCCUGCCUGCACUCACCCCACCUCCAUCUGCUGUGCACCCAUACAUGUACAUUGGGUGCCCAUGGGGCGCCUCAAUACCACUCAACUUUAACGUCAUCCCCACAUUUUUUUAUACCCUCUCCUCCCUCCUUCCCCUCCACUCCCCCUCCCUCCAUCCCUCCCUCCCUCCCUCCCUCCCUCCCUCCCUCCCUCCCUCCCUCCCUCCCUCCCUCCCUCCCUCCCUCCCUCCAUCCCUCCCUCCCUCCCUCCCUCCCUCCCUCCCUCCCUCCCUCCCUCCCUCCCUCCCUCCCUCCCUCCCUCCCUACCUCCCCCCUUCUUCUCCCCCUCGCCCCCCUCCAGCUCGAGGCAAUGGAUCUCUUUCCUGAUCUCCUCACCUCCCUUCUCGAGGCAAUGGAUCUCUUUCCUGAUCUCCUCUCCUCCCUCGUUGACCUGCUCCUCUUCGCCGCAAAAAGGACAAACCACGCCGACCGCUUCAUCCGCCAGGCGGCGUGUCUCGGCCUACGUGAGCUGGAGGGCGCUUACCCGUGCGUGCUGCAGCAGUAUGGCGGGCACGUGCUGGCCUAUCUGGCUCUAGAAAGCGCCCCUCCUCCCUUCUCCCUGCCUCUCCCCUGGGGGCUUUUGCUGACAAGGCAGCAGGGGGAGGAGAGUGAGGGACGGGGAGGGGGUGCGGAGGUGGGGGGUGUUGAGAUCGUGCCAUCGCAACUGCCCAUUGCUGGCCAGCGUGCCAUCCGCAAGGCCAUCUCAGCGCUGCUCGACGCGUGCCAGCUGGCGUCGCCGCCCGUCCUCGCGUGCGUGCUCGCUGACGUGGCGGCGGUGGCAGCUUCUCUGAACCUUCCCCGCACACACAGCUUCACCCAUUCUCACAGCUUCAAUCAACCUCACAGCUUCAACCAGGCUCAUGGGUUUGUGCAGGUUCAAGGCACCAUCACACGCUCCUCCUCCCUCUCCUCCUCCUCCGGUGCUUCAGUUGCCACCAUCCCUUCAUAUGCUCCCACCAUUCCUUCCUCUGCCCGUCCCGCCACUCAACCUUCUCCGUUUGUCUCAUCUGCCAUCCCACCACAACCACAACCACCACCAUCAGACCUCCUUUCAGCUCACACCAAGCGAGCUGUCGUGCUGCGAGUGGCUCGAUUGGCCCACGAGCCCUGGCAGCCAAUCGCGGUGCGCCAGCUGGCGCUGCGGUGGCUGCUGGCCCUGGAAGUCGACGGGGUGGCAGCAGGAGGGGAUGGUGGUUUUGGUGGAAAUCAGCUGCAGCUUCACAUGCAGCAGCAGCAGUACCAGCAGCAGCAGCAGCAGCAGCACGCACUCUCACAACAGCACAGGAGGAGGCCCAUCCUGCCAGCACCCCAGCUAGCUGCGGCUCUCUCCAUCCGCCUCUUCGAUCCGCUCGCCCUCAAGGCCGCCAAGACCCUUGCCUUCGCCCGCAUCGCCGCCUCCGCGCUCUGCUCCUCUGCGCUCAACGAAUCCGCACGUGCCACCACGUCAGCAUCCGCCACGUCAGCAUCCGCCGCGUCAGCGCCCCCCACUCCAGACGCAGCUGCGGCGAGCCAAUUAGGGGAUUCCGCUGUCGCUGACGCAUUCCUGUCUGCCAGCCGUCUGCAGCAGCAGCUGCUGCACGAGUCUAUGGUGGCCAUCUCUCUCUUCUACUACCUCCCCCCUUCCUCCCUCGAUUCCCUCCUCGCCCUCCGCACCCUCCGCUGCUUUCUUACUGCCACACCCCUCCCCCUCCUCUCCUCCCCCCUCCUCUCCUCCCCCCACCUCCCUUCCUCUCCCCUCCUCUCCCUCCCUUCCUCCAUACCUCUCCCCCACUCCCACUCCGACGCCUCCCAAUCUCUUUCCUCCCUCCCACUACAGACCCACCACCCCUUGACCAUCCACAUAGCAUCACCAGAGCACGAGACCAACAGACCAGGCCUAUCCAGGCAGCACUCCCUCCUAGCACCUGGACUCUCCACUCCCGCCCCUCCCCCAUCUAUUCUCUCAUCCGUGCAAGCCUAUCUGCUCAGCACGCUCACAGCCAUGCCUGAUCACAUCCCCAACCUCCUCUUCUUCCUCUCCUGUCUCGCGCACUGCCCCCACCACCUCCCGCUCUCCCGCGCACUCCAUCGCACCCUUUUCUCCCAACUCAUCCCUCUCCUCAGCCAAUCCUCUCCCGCCCUUCCUCCUGCCACAUCUGCAGACACAAGCAAUCAAUAUCCCUCUCUUUCUGCCUCUGCUGACCAUGAUCCCUACAGCCUUUCCCCUCUUUCUUCCUCUCUCUCUCCUUCUCCUCUUCUUCCUCCUCCUCCGCCUCCGAUUCCUCCCCUCCCUGCUCCGUUCACCUCCACCGCACGAUCUGCCAGGUCAGCGGGAUAUCUGACGGCCCAGCCGCUCCUGGUGCCUCUCUCCCUCUGCUCCGUGCCGCGGUACCUCCCCCUCCUGCACUCUCUCUCGGCCAAUCCCGACGUGCCACCUGGCCCAAUUGUGGAUCUCCUGCUCGCGUUUCUGCAAAACGAAAGGGAGAGGCGGAACAGAGGGACAGGGGGAGGAGGGAAGGGGGGAGGGAGGAGGGGAGGGAAAGGGGGAAGAGGAGAGGCAGGAGAGAGGGAGGAGGAAAGGAGGAGGGAGGUUGGUGGGAUGGCAAGAUGGUCUGGUAUGGGUAUGAGUGGGGGUGAUGUUGCUGCAGCAGAUGCGGAGGGGGCUUCAUGGGAGGACACGGCGCAAGUGCUCUCCAUCUGCCGCACCAUUCUCACAAGCCAUGCCCUAUCCGUGGCGUUUGACCCGUUGACGCGCCUCCUCUCGUUUGUCAUUCUCCACCACCCGGAUAUCACGUUGAGGGACAGAGCCAGGUUCUUCCUCCGCCUCAUCACAUCAGCACCAGGCCACAUCAUUCGUCAUCUCCUCCUCUCCUCCUCCUCCACAUCCCUGCCCCCUGCCCCUGGCCGCCCCCCUAUCACGGCACCUGCUCCUGCUGCUGCUGCACCGUUUCCACCUCCCCUCUUUCACACUCCCGCUGGGGAUUUCUCUGCUGCUUCCGGUGGUGCUCUCUUUGCUCUCGCCUCUUCCGCUGCUGCGGCUACCACCAGAACUGAUUCGACACCAAAAACCAACCUCAACACCACCAACUCCAGCAGCAGCAGCAGCAGCAGCAGCACCACUGCCAACACUUCUACCUCCUCCUCCUCUCUUGCCACCAUUCCCUUGGAUCCCAUUCACCCCCGUCCGCCGCCCAAAGGCCCCGUGCAGCUGUCACGCGUGCUACAGGCCAAACGGCGCCAGCCGCCGGCCGUUCCAGACUCCUGGGAGCUUGUCCUGUUCCCCUCAGAUGCGGACAAGAAGGGGGCUGGGGGGGAGUGGGCGAAGGGAAGGGAGGCGGAAAAGGGUGAGGCUGCCGCUGCUGCUGCUUGUGCUGUCAAGGAGGUUAGCCAUGCUUCAGCUUCUGUUGCUGUUGUUGCUGCUGGGUCAAGCAGUAAUGAAUUCAAGUCUCUCACUUUGUCAACUAAGCACCACUCAUUUGCACCACAGCACCUGCAGCACCUGCAGCACCUGCAGCAGCAGCAGCAGCAGCAGCAGCAGCAGCAGCAGCAGCAGCAGCAGCAGCAGCAGCAGCAGCAGCAGCAGCAGCAGGCUGAGAUUUCUAGCUGGUAUCGGUCGCAGAGUCAGCACACUCUUGCCUUGCUGGACACGCACACUGCUGAGCUGGCAGCCAUUUUGGACGAGUAUUUUGCCACUCUGGCACGACGACAGCCUGGCGACACAGGGUCAGCGACCAUCAUUCGUGCGGUUACCAGUACCAGCAGCAGUAAGAGUGGUUUAGGUGAGAACAGUGACCAUAACGAGGAUGACAUUAUAGGGUAUGAGGAGGCUGAGGGGUUCUGGGUACGGGUGCCCUGUGUGCUGAAGCUGCUGCCAACGGCUAGAGAGGAGCUUGCCUUCGAUAUAAGCACACUGGGGCAGACUAGGGUUGCUGGUACAGAAGGUGGUGCGGGUGGUGGCAUGGGUGGUGGUUCUGCUUCUGCUCCUGCUGCUGCUGCCACGUCAGCCAUUGAUAUGAUCAUGGGAGCUGUGGUAGGGGUAUUUGCUGUGGAGCUGAGUUUCCGAGCCUCGGUGUUUACCGGACCUAUUGAGCCGUGCCUGAUUCCGUGCCUGAUGAUGGCUCGGGAUGAGGGGGUGACGGGGGAGGAUGGAGAAGAGGAGGCAUGGGAAGAUGAGGAGGAGUGGGAUGAAGAGGAGUAUUGUGAGGAAGGAGUGCUGAGAAAAGAGGAAAAGGAUGUGGAUGAGGAGGAGGAGAGUGUGGAGGGGGGAGACACUACGAAGGACAGCAUGCGCAUUAUUGUUUUCAAACAAGACGACAAGACGGCGUCAGCAGAUGAGCCGGAGACAGCAGAACAGAAGGAGAAAGAGCAGGAAGAGCAGGAAGAGGAGGAAGAAACCUUCAGCGCGGAUUUCACAAGGAGCAACCCCUCCUCAUCCUCCCACCACCUGCUAGCAGUCACAGAUGAGACACCGUUUGACAUUGAGUUCUCGCCCCAUUGGCCGGCGCCGAUCCUCGUGGCGGUAACCGUAACGUUCACGAGCCAGGACGGCCGCACGCUCACAGGCGAGCUCGCGAGCAUUCCCGUCGGCAUAGAGGAUUUCUUCACGCCUGCUCCGUGGCCGUUUGGUAGACGCGGGGGUGGGAGAGGAGUGGUGAAGGAGGGUAGGGAGGGUGAGGUGCUGGGGUUGUUUGAUGCUUUGUGGGAGCUUCUGGGAGGGGAGUUGAGGGGUCUUGCUGGCAGCAAGCGAGGUGCAAAGCAGGAGGAUGCCAGUGAAAGGGUGGUAGAUGGAGUGAGGGAACAGACAAGAUAG